AGUAACACUCCCUCACUUUCCUUGCAAUUCUAAUUUUCAAAGACCAAACACACAUAGAGAGAGAGAGAGAGUCGAAGCUCAAUUCCUUACAAAAGUUCACCCUUCUCACUCAGCCCCAAAUCCUAUCGCAACUUCAAUUUUCUUCUUCCUCUCUCUCUUCUCUCUUCCUCACAUACUCAUCCGAGCUUCGUCGCUCGUUCCUCUCUCGAAUCGAUCUAUUUUCCUUUUAGGGUUUCACCGCGCCGAUGUCUGUUUACCUCGAAAUUGGAGUGUCUUCAUCCAUCGUCGGCCACCGCUCCUGCUUCACUAACCGUGCAAGGCUUCGCUGUUCCUCGAGGAUCCGCUUUCGCCACUGGACUUGACACAUCUCUAGCACUUAGGGUUUUCUUUUCUUUUCCUUCCUUCCACACGUCGUUCCUGAAAUACUAGUAAUCGUUGUUCGCGCACGAGGUUUCCAUUCAAAUUUUAAAAGUAAACUACAAUAAUAAAAAAAAACAAAAACGAAAGUGUUGUGUGGUGUUUUAUUUUCGAUUCGAUGGCUGUAUCGAGAUUGAAACCGGGGUUUCGGUUCCACCCCUCGGGUGUCGAGUUGGUUGUGUACUUUCUGAAAAGGAAAGUGAUGGGGAAAAAGUUCUUUGGUGGUGCCAUUGCUGAACUUGACAUUUACAGAUAUGCUCCAUGGGAUCUCCCAGCUAAGUCUUGUCUAAGAACUGGGGAAUUGGAAUGGUACUUCUUCUGCCCACUGGAGAAGAAAUAUGGCAGUGGGAGUAGGAUCAAGCGCGCUACUGAAAUUGGGUACUGGAAAGCUACUGGGAGGGAUAGACCUGUUCAGUACAAUAAUAAAACGGUGGGGAUGAUUAGAACACUGAUAUUUCACAAGGGUAAAUCGCCUAAAGGUGAACGAACUAAUUGGGUUAUGCAUGAGCAUAGGCUUGAAGAUAAGGACCUUGCUGACAAAGGAAUUGCACAGAAUUCUUAUGUAGUCUGCAAGGUAUUUGAAAAGGAAGGUCUUGGUCCCAGGAAUGGGGCGCAAUAUGCAAGGCCAUUUAAUGAGGAAGAGUGGAGCGAUGAAGAACUGGAAAUCCCUUGUACUGCUUCAACUGCACCAGUUCCCAUCUUGCCUAUGACAUCCGAUGCUUCUGUCCCAAAGGACAAUUCCGUCCCUGCUAGUGGAUGUACAUCAUGUCUAUCAAGAUCAAUGCCUUUACCUGGAACCGCGGAUCCUUCUGAUCCAAAUGAUCAAGUUGUUAACAAUGAUGAUGAAGAUAUUUUACGGAUGAAUGAUAUUUCUGAAGAUGGUGACAGAUUGUUUGAGAAACCUGAUAAUGAUCAAGAAAACAUUGCUGGGGGUGUACCACCUUUAGCCGAAUUAUUCGUGGGCUUGGAUGCCUACUUGGAUGCUUAUCUUGCUGGUAUAUCCUCUGGCCAGAAUGCUGAAUUUAGCACAAACGGAAUGGUUACUACAGAUGAUGUCUGGAGCUUGGACUUCAUAGAGUUAUCUGAUCUAGACAUCUCAUUGGUCUAGCCAAAUACACAACCUUGAGGUUAAUAUACGCAAUAAAGGGGUUGUUUUGGCGAUGACUUAUAACUGACCUUUGGCAACUAGCCAGAUGGCUAUUUAAACAAUUGUUUUAGAUUUAAAUAUCUUCUUGGUUUCCUAUGUAUGGACUAAGUUUGAGUUUGAUCUUUCAAAUUUUAAAGUAAUUUUUUCGUCCUCUAA